UUUCUUAGUAUCUGUUCAGCAGCUCUUUAUAUCCUGCAGUCUGCCAGUGUCUGUUAGAGAAGAGUGAACUCUGUCAUUUUGGUUGCAGCAGGAUAUCUCCACUCACCAGAACAGCUCUGUGAUCUUCUAGCAGAAGGAUGUGUUGACAACAAGAUGUCGCCCCCGUGUCUCUGUCCUGGGAGAAUGGAUUGUUGCUGCUAGCUCUGCACUGACUGAGCUGUGCUUACUGAAGAUGUUAGCUGGACUUUUUUUUCAUGUUGCUGGGCCUCUAUCUUAACAGUGAAGCUAAAUUGGAUGUCUAAGGAAACAUGUGGACAGAGAUUUCCCUUCUUUCUUCACAAGACAGGAUAUGAUAAAGUCAAAGAAGCUAUGGCAUUUAAAGGAUGUGUUUAAUUCUCAGUGAUGUCAGUGAGGACUUUUUAUCCCCGGGAGCAGAAGCAGCUAAAUGUGGAGGCAGGGAAGUCUCACAGGGAGGAAGAUGAGGAAAGAGACUGUUUGCAGCAGCUCUCCUGUUGUCCUGCCUGCAACCAGGGGUAUGACAUCAUCCUGUUCCUGCCGUGCUCUCACACCAUGUGCAGUCACUGUGUGGCGGCUGGAGAGGGAGCAAGGUCAGAUGAGUCUAACGUCGGCCCAGCGGUCUGCUCUGUGCUGUGCCCGUGCUGUCGUCAUCCUGUGGAGCUGCCAUGCUGGACGUGGUCAUCUGCCACUUCCUGUCUCCCAAGACAUCCCACACUGAGUCCUGCAUGUGUCGACAGGGAAACGGGCACCAAGGAGGGAGCAGCUGAAGGCCACAUUCAACAUGUGCAGGGGGACACACACUGCGGGGAUGCAGUUGACAUGACAACACAGAGCUGUUACCAUGACUCCAGUGCUGCCACUUCCUCAGUAGCACCAGUGGAUGGUGCUGUAGACCUGCAGGAGGAGGAGAUGGCGCAGUCAGUCUUUGGACUAUGUUUUGCUCUGGACGCUUCAACUGUCCCUCCAUCGCUCCAUCUUUCCAACUCCUCCCUCACCGUCACCUACCAAGGAGAGACCCCUCCUGGCCUGCCUCCAGACAGCAAGGCCAGGAGAUCUUUGACCUCUGACCCCGGGGUCACGCCGGCCCUGCCGCAGGUCUGCGCUGAUGUUGUCAUCGCACGAGGACAGUAUUACUGGGAGGUGGAUGUCUGCAACAGCUCAGUCUACAGGAUCGGUGUGAGCUCAUUGGAUGGUUCUGGUGGCUGGUGGCUUGAAAGGCAGGGCUUGUCUUUCUGUGCAGUGUAUGAUGGGAGCCGGGAGCCGCUCUGCACUGUCCCACCUCAGAUCAAAACCCUCGGGGUCUUCCUCAACAUCGGAGGACACGCCCUGAGCUUCCACAACCCUCUGACCCAAGAGCACCUCGUCACGCUUCCAACACGGUUCAACCCUGCUGGAGUUCUCCCGGCUCUGGGCCUGGGCCAGGGUCGACUGAGGCUGCGCUGUGGCCUCCCCCCUCCUCCUCAUGUGUUCCUCAGUAAAGACUCGGCCUACAGGCGACCCUGUGGGGCUGGUGGAGGCCGAUGGCGCAGGGAGAUUCCCUUCCAGUCAGUGAGGAAAGUGAUACAGAAGUUUGAGGAGCUGGCUGUGUCAGACUCAGACUCAGGCCUGGUGUCCAGUUUUGGAUCGUCCUGCUCCACCCUGGCUUCUUUGCCAGAUCUGGGGAAUCCUGGGAUUUUUCCCUGUGGGCAAGCAGGACAGGAAACUGGGGCUGAAUAA